UUGUGUGUGUGUGUGUGUGCGCGUGUAUCUCUCUCUCUCUCUCUGUCCGUAUUAAGGAGAGCCUGGAGGACUCUCUGGGCUCUGAGCCUGGCGUGGGGAUGAACAACACCUCCUGUGAGAGUACCCAUCAGAUCCAGGUGGACAGUCAGCCUGUGGUCAGCAUCAUGAUGUUCAGCGGUGGGGUGGUGGGUAACGUGUUGGCGCUGGCUCUGCUGGGGGUACACAGGAAGGAGCUGAGGACCAAGUCCUCGGUUUUCUGUAUCCUGGUGACCGGACUGGCCAUCACUGACCUGAUGGGCACUUGCUGCCUCAGCCCGGUGGUCUUUGUGGCAUAUGCCCAGGGGCUCUCGUUGCUGGGCCUGGCAGGGGGACCCGGCCUCUGCCACUUCUUCUCCAGUGCCAUGACCUUCUUCGGCCUGGCGUCCACCCUGCUGCUGUUCGCUAUGGCUGCCGAGCGGUGCCUGGCCAUUAGCCACCCUUACCUCUACCCCCAGCACGUGGGCAGGAGCCGGGCCAAGUUGGCACUGCCUGCCGCCUACACCUUCGCUGGUCUGUUCAGCCUCCUGCCCGUUACCGGCUUCGGCCAGCACAAACAGUACUGCCCCGGGACCUGGUGCUUCCUGCGGAUGGAGUCCCGUGAUUCGGCCGCGGUGGGCUUCUCGCUGCUCUACGCCAGCCUCAUCGCCCUCCUGGUGCUCGCCGUCAUCCUGUGCAAUGCCUCGGUCAUCGUCAACCUCUGCAAGAUGCACCGCAGCCAGAGGAGCCGCCGCGGCUCGGUCCUCUCCUCCCAGAGGAAGGGUCGCAGAAGGAGCAUCUUCGGCCAGAGGGAGGAGGAGAUCGACCACCUCAUCCUGCUCGUCUCCAUGACCGCCAUCUUCUCCAUCUGCUCCCUGCCACUCACGAUUCGUGGAUUCAUCAACGCGAUCAGACCCGACAAUAUAGAAGAGAAGGACCUCAUGGCCUUCCGUUUCUACGCCUUGAACCCCAUAGUUGAUCCCUGGCUCUUCAUCAUCCUUCGCAAGUCCGUGUUCCGGAACAUUCAGAGGAUCCUCUGCUGCCGUUUCUCGAUGUCGCUCCGCAGCAGCAAUAACACCUUCCAAGAGCCGUUGAAACAGCAGAGCAUCUCACUGUGUUGACGAAGGCCUGGGAGGAAGGCUUGGGAAAGAGAGCGUGAGACAUAGGUUUUCCUCAAGGCCUGACAAAGGGGAAUGAGGAGGCACCCAGCGAGCGAAGGACGGUGAUGGGCACUUGAGGCAACAAGGUGGUUACCAGGCACGUUGAGACUGGCUCAGUGAAGGGUGGAGAAGAGGGCAUUCGCCCAAUAUUGACUGACUCCAGUAACUUCUGUUGCAUGUUUGGCUGUGACCCUGCAAACUUUGACCCUUGAAAAUGACGGGGGCGGGGGGGGCUUUAUUCUGGCCUUACCUUCGCCUCACCACCCUCAUGCCUUAACUCUGUUUCUCAGCCUCCCAGAUGGUACCAACCCAGGCCUACCUCAACCUGAAAUGGGGAUCAAACUCUUGAACUAACUGUCAUACAGACUGAAUUAAUUUAUAAUGGACCGAGGUGGGGGAGGCGAUGUUAAUAAUGUCUAUAAAAUGAUGCCCUGAGCACAAUGCUGGAAAAUAUUACGGUACUCAGAUAUUUUACAAUGUUUUCUUUAUUCAACUGUUAGCUUCGCUGGCCUUCCCUCUUUUAAUCUUCAAGAUGGUGGUGAGCUUCCAUCUUGAACUACAGCAGUCCAUACAGCGGAGGUACACCCACAAUGCCCCUAGGAAGGAAGUCCCAGCAUUUGGUCACCAUAAGGGUGUGAUAUUUGUAAAGCCAUUGCGGUGUGUGGGGGACUUGCAGAGGGUGGUGAUCCCAUGACUCUGCUGCCCCUUGUCCUUCUCGGUGUUAGAGGUCAAGAGCUUGGAAAGUGCAGUGAAAAGGAGGCUUGGCCAGUAAACGGAGGAUAUCUUGUAGAUGGUACAUGCCAAUGCGCGUGGCUGGCUGAGUUCCUCAUUGAAUGCGAUACUCUGACCUGGAUAGUGUAGGGUGUCACACUAAUCCAGGCAAACAGCGAUUAUCCCAUCAAUGGGUACAGACAAUGGACAGGCACUGGGCACUUCCCCACCCAACAGGAUCAUGGUGUAUUUAACAAUGGUCAUGACUUUGAAUGCGAAGGCAAGAUGGUUAGAUUCUGUCUUGUUGGAGAUGCCAUUUGUGUGGUGAGACUUGUGUGACUUAACUCAGCCCAACAUUGUCCAGAUCCCGCUGUGAGCAGGAAAGAGUUAUCAGGAUCUGAGGAGUUUGUGACUGGAACACUUCAAUCAUCAACCAAUACUCUCUACUGGAUAGUGGGGGAAGGUCAGCGCUCCAUAAAGCCUGAUUCUGCUAAGUCUGAGUUAUUCCUGCACCUGAGGUGGUUAUCCUGCAAAGCCAUCUCCUUUGUAUUAAACAUAAUUGUAUAUCGAGAU